GGCGCUAAAGCGAGUGCACGAGGUUUUGUGGCGUGACAGUCAUCAGUGAUUUUGAGGAUUUCUUGGUGUCUCUGUGGAGCUGUUGAGGUUUCUCCUUACUGGAGGCUGUGGGAUCUUCCAUUCAUUCUGACCGCAGCCCACAUACCGACUCCCCUCCAGCUUUGGAAGGUGGGCUGAGACCCAGGGUGAACAUGCCAGCUAAUAGGAAAUCACCCCAGAGGUUCCCUGCCCUGGUUCCAGGACAGCCUGGCAGAUCAUUUGAGGGAUCUGUGUCAUUUGAGGACGUGGCUGUGGAUUUUACCCGACAGGAAUGGCACAGACUGGACCCUGCUCAGAGGACCAUGCACAAGGAUGUGAUGUUGGAGAACUACAGCAACCUGGCAUCUGUGGGCCUCUGCGUGGCCAAACCAGAGAUGAUCUUCAAGUUGGAGCGAGGAGAAGAGCUGUGGAUAUUAGAGGAGGAAUCCUCAGGCCAUGGUUACCCAGGAUCUCUCUCAAUGCUGUGUGGCAACAGUUCUGUUGGGGGUAAUGCCGUCAGGCAUGAUAAUGACCUUCGGCAUCAGAAGAUUCAAACUUUGGAUCAAGCUGUUGAAUAUAAUGGAUAUGGGAAAGUCUUCUACAAGAAAACAGGCUUUGUUGGACAUAAAAGAACACACACAGGAGUAAAAAACUUUGGAUGUCAUGAAUGUGGGAAAACUUACUGCAGGAAAUCAAAUCUUAUUGAACAUCUGAGAAUACACACAGGGGAGAGACCUUAUAAAUGUGGUGAAUGUGCAAAGACCUUUAGUGCAAGAUCAUACCUCAUUGCUCAUCAGAAAACUCACACAGGGGAGAAACCCUUUGAAUGUAACGAAUGUAGGAAAUCUUUUGGCAGGAAGUCACAACUCAUUCUACAUCAGAGAACACACACAGGAGAGAGACCCUAUGAAUGUACUGAAUGUGGGAAAACCUUUUCUGAGAAGGCAACCCUCAUGAUUCAUCAGAGAACUCACACAGGAGAGAAGCCCUAUGAAUGUAGUGAAUGUGGAAAAACAUUUCGAGUUAAGAUAUCCCUUACCCAACACCAGAGAACUCACACAGGGGAGAAACCAUAUGAAUGUGGUGACUGUGGGAAAAACUUCCGUGCAAAGAAAUCCCUAAAUCAGCAUCAAAGAAUUCACACAGGUGAGAAACCCUAUAAAUGUGAUGAAUGUGGGAAGUUCUUCAGAAUGAAAAUGACUCUCAAUAAUCAUCAGAGAACUCACACAGGUGAAAAACCCUAUCAAUGCAAUGAAUGUGGGAAAUCUUUCAGGGUACACUCAUCUCUUGGGAUACAUCAGCGAAUUCACACAGGAGAGAAACCUUACGAAUGUAAUAAAUGCGGUAAUGCCUUUUAUGUGAAAGCACGCCUCAUUGAACAUCAGAGAAUGCAUUCCGGAGAGAAACCCUAUGAAUGUAGUGAAUGUGGAAAAAUCUUCAGUAUGAAGAAAUCCCUUUGUCAACACCAGAGAACUCACACAGGAGAGAAACCCUAUGAAUGUAGUGAAUGCGGAAAUGCCUUCUAUGUCAAAGUACGCCUCAUUGAACAUCAGCGAAUUCACACAGGAGAGAGACCCUUUGAAUGUCAAGAAUGUGGGAAAGCCUUUUGCCGGAAAGCACACCUCACAGAACAUCAGAGAACCCACAUAGGCCGGCCCUUGUCUUGUACUAUGGAGAAAGCUUCUUUGUGAAGACUCCCAUCACCAUCUGAUCAAGCCCUUCGGGUCAUCUGGUCACCACGCACACAGAGUACACCUGUAACAAUUUGGCUUCUACACUGGUGUGAAAAUACAUCCUGAUUCCCGUUAGGGGAUAAGCUCAUUGUUGUUUUCAUUUCGUUUGGAUUUCCCUAAUUAAUGGUGAGGUGGAGUAGCUUCUUACCUGUUGAUUGGCCAUUUGGGUUUUUUCUUCUCUUCGCUGACUGUUCUAUAUCCUUUGCUCAUUGUUUAUAAUGGGCUGCUUAUUUUUUACUUCUUGGUUUAAGUGUCAUGUUUGUUUUUUAAUAUAUGAGAAUAUAAAAGUCUUUUUCAGUCAUGUGUUACAGGUAUCUCCUCAUGGACUGUGCCUGGUUAUUUAACUUUGUUAAGUCUUCUGCUGAGGUUUUAU